AUGUCUACCUAUCAAAUAUAUCGUAAUACAACAUUAGGAGUAACAUUACAGGAUACGCUGGAUGAAAUGAUAUCGCAAGGAUCACUCACCGAACAAGCAGCUGGUAAAGUUUUGAGUGAAUUUGAUCGUGCGAUUAAUGUGGCUUUAGAAAAACGAACAAAUAAAAAAUGUAAUUUCCAAGGAAAAUUGAGUACAUAUCGCUUUUGUGAUAAUGUUUGGACAUUAGUACUAAAAGAGUUUACUGUCAAAGAUCCAUCUAAUUCGAGCAAUUCUCCACCAUUACAUGUAGAUAAAGUUAAAAUUGUUGCAUGUGAUGGAAAAGCUACACCAACAUAA